CACAGACAUGCACGCGUACAGACCACGCGCAGGCACGGUGGGCUCCCGCAAGGACACCUUCUUUUCCACAGGAAGCAAAGACAAGCACUUCCAAGCGAAAGAUCAGGAUCGUCAGAGUCAAGGAACAGACGACCAUAAUCCGGUGGAGUACGAAAAUACGUACAAAAUGGAACCGGACCUAAAGUUCCAGGAAAGUCAAGUCAGGGACAUCAUAGCAGCGGUUCUAAAAGAAAAUAUAUCAGAAAAAGAAUACAACCACAGCACCAUGAACAGGGGAAUAACCUUGAUGUGCUCAAAGAUCCUGGAGCGCGUGAAACAGCUAGAUAUGAAGCGGUACAAGCUGAUUAGUCAUGUACUCAUUGGCGAGAACAAUAGCACCACAUUACAGUUUUCCUCCAGAUGCUUGUGGGAUGUACGCUGGGACACGUUUACUUCUGUAACUGUCACUAGUGGUAAUAUAUAUGCAACUGGUAUGGUAUUUGGUGUGUACGCAGAGUAGGGUGUAUACUACCAUAUCAAAUCCCAUAGACGACAAUAGUAACAUAUGUGGCUAAAACUCCUACCUGCAACGUA